UUCACAAAACCAUUGAUUCAUUGAAACAAUCGACUCAUCAGUUCAUUGUGAACUGCAUUCAUACCACAACACAUCCCAUAUGAUGACAGCUCCCAACUGAUCCACUUUGCAGUCAUUUGCGCUCAUCUGUGGUCAUCGCACACUAGGUUUAUGAGAGACGAGAUGUGAUGGCAGUCAGUGUUAAUCAGCUGUUACUGGACGCCAAGAAAUUGGUGACAAAACUCAAAGAUUAUGAUACAAAGACUGAUCACCUGAUGGCCAGGAGUCAGACGCUUAACAAAUCAGUCGAAGCCAUGAAAGAGGUAUGA